AUGCCCGAGGCACCCACGCAGCUUGACGACACCAGCGGCGUCCGUGCUCCGAGAGCCUGUGUCCCGUGUGCCGCUGCCAAGGUACGAUGUGAGACCGAACAGGGAGAGACCUUCUGCAAGCGGGCAUGUCGCGCCCAACCACCGGGCGCUCAGAGACGCAAGCCCCGACAGAAACCAGAUGUUGUUCGCUUAGAACAAAAGCUCGACGGUGUGACUGCAAUCCUUACUGCCUCCGAGCUUGGCGCCCCCAAGGUCGCCUGCGCCUCGCUGCCACUUCCCGGCCAACCUUUGCUUUCCUUGAGCACAUAUAUCGAUCAGUUCACCAAAAGCACCGAUGAGGCACGGCUAAUGCUCGAUGUGUUUCGGAAUGAAUACAUGCUUCAUUUCCCCUUCGUGGUUAUUCCCCAGCACAUGAGUGUCGAGGAGCUCCGGGCAAAGAAGCCCUUUCUCCUGCUGGUUGUCAUGAUGGUCGCCUGUCGACACGACAUACCACGACAGACAGCGAUCGGAAAGGCGGUCAAAGAAAUCAUUGGCCAGAAGAUGAUGACUCACGGUGAGCAGAGCUUGGACUUGCUGCAAGGACUUCUCGUCUUCUUGGCGUGGUAUCAUAUCAAUAUCCAUCUCGGCGGUCAAUUGACAGUCAUUGUUCACCUCGUCAUGUCGGUGAUGAUCGAUCUUGGUCUGAACAAGCACUACACUCCUCGAAAAUACGCGAAGCCUCAAAGGGAUUAUUUCCGCAUGGAUCGACAUGAGGCAGCAACACGAACACUCGAAGACCGAAGAGCUCAUCUGGGCUGCUUCUACUUGACUUCGGUGAUAUCCAUGACGGCUCGAGAUUUCGAGGCCAUCCGAUAUACCAAGUACAGUGAAGAGUGUCUUACCAUGAUCUCCGAGGCAGUUGAGUACCCGACAGACAUCUACCUUGUCCAACUGAUCAAGCUGAGCCACCUCUGCGACAAGAUCAGCCGCACAAUUAUCCAAAGAGAGUGGGACUCCUCGUCAAGCAUAUCGGCGCCGAUAGGGGCCUAUGUGAAGUCUCUCGAGGUCGAGCUCCGCAAAUGCAAAGGGUCCAUGAAUUUUGAGCUUCCUCAAAGUGUACAACUCCUCAUGCACUACUAUGCCAUCGAGACAUUCUUGUGCGAGAUCGCUUUGGACGACAAUAUCCCUGCCGCCAGAUAUGGGUCUUUCUCCGUCACGCGCCUCGACAUGCUGUUCGCGUGUCUCACCUCCGCAAAGCACUUUUUUGAGAUAUUCCACUCACUGCCAGCUUCAAUCCAUUUCGACGUCCCAUACUCGACGUUCACGAUCGUCAGCCAUCUCUACGUGACCCUGUCGAAGCUGUCUCUUUGUCAACACGACGGCUGGGACCAGAACUAUGUCGCUACAUACUUAAAUUUCAGCGAGGUGCUGGAGCAAUUGGCGAAAAAGGCCGAUGAAGCAAGGGAGCUUAUCCUACAAACCAAUCAAUUGGCCGACCCCACACCGUUCUCGAAUUCACUGCCCCGCAGUGUGCCGCUAGUCUGGUUGACGGUGACAGCGAAGAUACAAGACAUUAAGGCCGUGCACGAAGCGCGAAAAGCAGAACAGUCAAGAAGAGCUCAACUGGAUAAUUCGAUGUCUGAUCUUGACACCGAAAUGCUUGGACUGCCGAGCGAGUGCGUGAUGCCAGAUACGUUCAACGUUCUUGACUUCCUCGACGAGCCACUAUGGCAGAACUGGGGAUGA